AUGCAACUCAUUUAUGAAAUUCCCACUGUUCUUUUCUGUGCCAAAGAAAUUUAUUCAGGGUCUCUGGAAGGACUCACAGACCCUCCAAGUAUCCCUAUUUUCCAGGGACAGCCCCAGAUUUAUAGAAGCCAUCAUGGUUACUGAUUUGAUCCUGGAAUGUCCCACUUUUCCUUAGGAUGUUCCUAUUUUAUCAAAGAAAUGUUGGAGGGUAUGUCCGUAUUUUCAUCAGAGAAAUGUUGGAGGGACAUGGAAUGAGACUGCCGGGGGGCUUUUUUCAGCCAGAACUCAGUUCCAGCACCUCCCAGGCUGGCACCAUUGCCAUUCCAAGAGAACAAGGGUGAGUUCAUGGUGAGUUCCAGCACCUCUUUUUCUAGGAAAAUAACACUGGACGUCCCUAUUUUCAUCAGAGAAAUGUUGGAGGGUAUGGUCUUACAGUCACAGUAAAUACAGAGAAACAUCAAAUGAUAAAAAAUGACGUAUACUAGGUUUUUUACAUAAGCAGCACAAUUUACAGAAAUGACACAAAAUGAAAAAAUAGUGCCGCUCCUUCUUUGGUUGCCAUCAGAGCAUUGACUUGGCUACUGGCCAGAGUGAGAGGAAGACUGUCUCUGUCCACUGGCUUCAGCUCCACAGCCGCCUUCCCAAAAGGCUGUCAACACCAACAACUCAGGGAAAUGAAAGGUACAAGACCUUUAUAAAGCAAAAGAACCAAAGCAGACAGGGAAUUACACUUUUGGAAACUGUGUAGUUCAUUUUGAAUUUUUAAAUCAAACCUCAGUACUGACCUGCAGUUAAGGGCUCAGGGCCCUACAGAGAUGGCCACGCUUCAUCCUAACUGGCUGAGGUAAGUGAUCUUCCUUUCUUACAAAGGGAUAACUGCCCGUGAUGGUGGCUGCUUCUAGCUUCAGCUCUCUUACAGGGCAUGUGUAUAUCCUCCCUCCAGAAGUCUUAAAGGACGAUGCACAAGCACAAAUAAGUAUAGGUUUAUUUGUAUAGCUUGGAACACAAACUUCUUCCUUCCACCAUGGACAUACCUAUUUCUACAUUGAAAGGGUUUAAGCAUAAUUAACUACAUUUACAUAGGCUGUGGGGGAAAAGACCCAUAUCUAAUUCUACACAUUUUAAAGUAACCUUUAUUUCUUUGUAGCUAGGCUACAGACUGGGCAAAUCUGAUGGAAACAUCAGAUCAGUGACAAAAAUUCUAUAAGCUUUAAUAGAUAGUAAUUCCAUCUGGUGAACUAUGAUAGAAGGAUAUUCUAAUGUGGAGCAUCAGAAUAAUUAGCUCUCAAGGCUCUGGUGCAUGACUUUUGAAGACUGAAGCCAAGGAAUUAACAUUGGUGUUCUUGAAUGGAAUUUAGUCCCAUUUUAUUAAAAUAAGUGAAUAAUCUCUUACACGCACUAUUUUAUGCAGAGUUGUCAAUAAAUGCAUAAAACAUCAGUCUUAUUUUUUUAGAAAAAUUGUAAUAACCAACAACAACAACCAGUACAAAUUUAUCUAAGUCUAAAUGUUUGAUGUUGUUUCUUUAGGGCAUUUUUUUACUUAUAAAAAUUAUACUCGUGUUAUGCUCAUUCUUAAAGCAAAAUAAUUGUUUUAUAAUGGCAAACACAGGACUACCAAUGUAGAAAAAAUAAUCUCCAGUUUUCAGUUGAGCCUCUGAGUGUCGCUGUUCACUAAUCUGGCACAGGAAGAAAGAUAUUCAGCUAACCCAGCCGCAGUAUUCUUAAACACAAGCACAAAAUAUCUGAUGCAUCAAACUUGCACAGAUAUUGUAGGCACUGUUAACAGAGACUUCUAUUUUUUAUUUUUUAAAAACCACUAAUUUAAAACCCAGAAGCUCCUGAGUCCUAGAAUUGAUAGUGUUGCAAGAUAAUGGAAGAAAAUCAGAGGCUGUGGAUCUGCAAAGAAAGGAUCUUACAAUGCCUCAUAAUUGUGCUUGCUUGGAAGAUAGUUUCUGGGAAGAUUCAUUAUUCCAUUCCUGAAGAGAUGCAGAAAGGCUCUUUUGUGGGGAAUAUUGCAAAGGAUCUAGGAGUGGAUAGAAAUCAUCUUUCGGACCACGGACUACGGAUUGUUACCAGGACAGGUACGAGUCAGUAUUUUGCUUUGAAUUACAACAAUGGCCAUUUACAAACCUCUCAGAGAAUAGACAGAGAGGAAAUCUGUGGAAGGGCAGAAAGGUGUGUUUUAAGUUUUGAUGUUAUAAUUGAGAGCAAAAUAGAGAUCUAUGGGGUUCAAGUGGAAAUUAUUGAUAUAAAUGAUAAUGCUCCCCAGUUCUCAUCGGGGAAACAGGAACUGAAAAUCAGUGAGGCAUCCACUGCCGGAUCCCGGUUCCCUCUGCCUGAAGCUCAGGAUCCAGACCUAGGGAUAAAUUCUAUACAGACCUACCAACUCACAGGCAGUAGCCAUUUUUCUCUGGAGGUGCAAGCUGAAGAAAAUGGUGCCAAAUCUGCUGAGCUGGUGUUGGGGGGAAAUCUGGACCGGGAAGAACAAUCUGUUUUCAAUUUGAUCCUCACAGCUACUGAUGGAGGCGAUCCAGUCAGGUCCAGCACUGCUAACAUCCAAGUUAUUGUUUUAGAUGCAAAUGACAAUGCACCUGUUUUCAGCAAACCAAUCUAUGAAAUGAGCAUCAAGGAGAACAUUCCGAAUGGGUCCAGCAUUGUUACAGUUAGUGCUACUGAUCUGGAUGAAGGACAAAACGGAGAGAUAAAAUAUUCAUUCAAGAAAAUCACAAAGAAGGAUUCCAAAAUGUUUAUUUUAAACUCAACAACUGGUACAAUUACCUUAAUGGGAAACCUUGAUUAUGAGGAAUCAUCCUCAUAUGACUUUGAGGUGAAAGCUGAGGAUGGAGGAGGGCUGAGUGACUGGUCGAAAGUUGUGAUAAUUGUUAUGGAUGUUAAUGACAAUGCACCUGAACUAUCAAUAACCUUUUUCAUCAAUACCAUUUCUGAGAAUUCACCAAUAGGAACAGUUAUUGCCCUUCUAAAUGUUCAAGAUGAAGAUUCGGGGGUCAAUGGGGAGGUCACAUGUUCAAUUCCCAGUAAGCUCCCUUUCCAACUAAAACAGUCUUUUGAUAACUUUUAUAGUUUGGUGACACUCAGUAACCUUGACAGAGAGAACACAGCAGACUACAACAUCACUAUCACAGCUACUGACCAUGGGAUUCCACCACUUUCUGUGUCAACUUUUAUCUUACUUCAAAUCCUAGACACAAAUGACAACCCUCCUCUUUUUGCAGAAUCAUCUUACUUGGCUUAUUUCACAGAGAACAAUCCAAGAGGAGCUCCAGUAUUUUCCUUAAAAGCAAACGAUCCAGAUUGGGAGGAAAAUGCCAGGAUAAGUUAUUCCAUCAUUGAAGGAAACAUGGACAAAUUCCUUAUAACCUCCUACCUCUCCAUUAACUCUGAAACAGGGGUCAUCUAUGCUCUGAGUUCUUUUGACUAUGAAGAGAUCAGAGAGAUGAAGUUCCUGGUCAAGGCUCAGGACGGAGGUUCUCCCCCACUCAGCUCCAACAUCUCAGUGACUCUCUUCAUCCUGGACCAGAAUGACAAUGCUCCCCAGAUCCUGUACCCCUCCCCUCCCACCGAUGGCUCCACAGGGAUAGAGCUGGCCCCUCGCUCCUCUGAGCCAGGCUACCUGGUCACUAAGGUGGUGGCCGUGGAUGCAGACUCUGGCCAGAAUGCCUGGCUCUCCUACCAGCUGAUCAAGGCCACUGAGCCAGGACUCUUCACUCUGGGGCUCCACACGGGAGAGAUCAGGACGGCCCGCUUCUUUCUGGAGAAAGAUACUAUCAAGCAAAGCCUGGUGGUUUUAGUCAAGGACAAUGGGCAGCCUCCAAUGUCGGCUUCAGUCACUGUUACUGUGGUCUUGGCUGACAGCAUCCCUGACAUGCUGACUGAUAUGAGCAGCAUCCCAGUAUCUGAAGACCCACAGUCAGAUCUCACCUUCUACUUGGUGACUGCAGUGGCUUUUGUCUCCUGCUUGUUCCUCGCCUUCCUCCUUGUGUUAUUGGCACUCAGACUUCACAGGUGGAAAAAUUCUCAGUUGUGUGACAAUGGAAGUGUGCAUUUUGAUGGUGCUCCCAUCUCCCAGUUUGUGGGGAUUGAUGGAGUCCGGGCAUUUCUCCAGUCUUAUUGCCAUGAGGUUUCACUGACUUCAGGCUCAAGGAAAAGUCAGAUUCUUUUCCCAAUUGGAAGCUGUACCAAUACUCUGUCACCACAACAGGCUCCUGAUAAGCCAGACUCUGUGUUACUCAUGGGUGAUUCUAACACAGUUAUGGAGGAGGCAGCAAUCCAUCAGGUGAGCACAUAAAUUCCAGUACUUCCCAUUUGAUCUCCCAGUAUUCUAAAAUGCAUAGGAAACUUUCCUGAGUAAAAGUGAUUUCCUGAAGGCUGCUAGUGCCAUUGUUUAACGGUGAGUAACACGAUCUCUAGAACAGAUAGGUUGUCUUUCUUACUGUAUGUCUUGGUGGUAUGUCUUGUAGUGCUGAUGGCAGGUGAAGUUAUCUUGCAUAUUUUGUAGUGCGUCUCUACCAUGUGCACAAUGAACUUUGCCAUUUGAAAACAUUCUAUUGUUGACCUUCUGAAAGCCUGUAGAUGCAAUGCCCUCUUUUUCUCAACAAUUUUAUGUGGGAUUAUAAAUUGAUGCUCUCUUUUUCAUCAAAUACAGGAGCUACAUUCAGGCUUCAGUUCUUUGGCACCAUGGUGCUGGUCAACGUAAAUGCUAUAUUUAUCUUGUUUUUGUUUUUUAUUUGCAGAAGUUUGUAUUAUAUCUAUCUAUCUAUAUAUGAGAAAGAACACACAUAUAUAUGAAAUAACAUUAGUAAAACAAAUCAGCAAUAGCUCUAUAUCCAAAAAUUGUUGUAACGGGGAACAUAAAAUGUGUUGUUUAUACUUAAUUGUUAAUGACACCCAGAGCUUUUUUCCAGCUGGAGCACGCUGGAGUGCAGUUCUGGCACCUCUCAGGUGGGCGCCAUUGUAGGCUGGCACACCCACCCAC